CUCACUCAAUCCACCCACAAUUCCACAACCUCCACUUUUCUUUUCUCCUUUUUUUUUUACUCCACUUCUCCACUCUCCUACAUUACUACCUCUUUUUUCACUCACUGCAGGAUUUCACUUUUUAUCAGUUUCCUGCUGCCUACGUGAAUAGAAUCAACAGAAAUUUUGUGAAUUCAGUUUUGGACUUUUGGCCACCCUUUUCAUUUUCUUUUCUUAAGAGCCCGUGAAGAGAGCUAUAAGAUAGAAUGGUACAUCACUGUCUCAGAAAGCUUACAUCUUGGUAAAUUAAAAGUGAAUUCAGAAAAAAAGUCCCCUUUUGGGUCUAUAUUACGGUCUCUCAUAAUUGUUUCAGUCAAGGGUGCAAUCUGUAUGUUUCAUUUGGUUAAUGGGUUGUCAAGAAGAAAAUUUCUAUAUAGUUUUUGUGUAGAAAGUUGGUUGAUUAAGGAGGUCUUUCUUGGUUUACUGCUGUGUUCUAAAAUUUGCUAGCUUUUUACAGAGGUUCGAUUGAAGAGGAGAAAGAAGAAGAAUUCAUAGAAGGAUUAGCCUUGUUCCUGCUUUUAUGUUUUUGGAGAAUUAGAAGAUUUGCAUCGGUGGAAAAAAAAAAUGAUUACUGUAAUGAAUCCUCUGAACAGACCCAUGAAUGAAGGGGAAAGAUGCUUGGACCAUCAGUUAUGGCAUGCCUGUGCUGGUGGGAUGGUCCAAAUGCCACCGGUGAAUUCCAAAGUCUUCUACUUUCCACAAGGCCAUGCCGAGCACGCCCAGAAGAAUGUGGAUUUUGGGAAUUUUUCCAGAAUCCCACCACUGAUUCUGUGCAGAAUCUCAUCCAUCAAGUACAUGGCUGAUACAGAGACUGAUGAGGUCUAUGCCAAGAUAAGUUUGAUUCCAUUGAGAGGAAAUGAAAGCAAUAAUGAUGAUGAUGAUGGAGGGAUUCUGGGUUUGGACAAAGAUGGAGGAGGUCAGGACAAACCCAAUUCCUUUGCUAAGACAUUAACUCAGUCAGAUGCCAACAAUGGUGGAGGCUUCUCUGUUCCUCGUUAUUGCGCUGAGACUAUAUUUCCGAGGUUGGAUUACUCAGCUGAGCCUCCUGUUCAGACAAUUUUGGCCAAAGAUGUUCAUGGGGAGAUUUGGAAAUUCAGGCAUAUUUACAGGGGGACGCCAAGGCGUCAUCUUUUGACUACCGGGUGGAGUAAUUUUGUGAACCAGAAGAAGCUUGUUGCUGGUGAUUCAAUCGUGUUCCUGAGAGCUGAAAAUGGGGAUCUUUGUCUUGGAAUCAGAAGGGCUAAAAGAGGGAUUGGUGGUGGACCUGAGGUAAUAACUACGGGAUGGAACACCGGAGCUGGAAGCUGCAAUUCCUCCUCCAUGUAUGGUGGAUUUCCAAGGCUUCUAGGUGAAGAAGAAAACAACAGGUUCUUGAGGAGUAAUGCUAGCAAGUGCGGGAACGGAAACAGUGAUUUAGGUAUGAAAGGAAGGGGUAACUUAAGGGCUGAAUCGGUGAUUGAAGCAGCAAAUCUUGCUGCCAAUGGACAGCCAUUUGAGGUCAUCUACUAUCCACGGGCAAGCACGCCGGAAUUCGUGGUGAAGGCAUCUUCUGUCAAGUCUGCAAUGCGUACUCAGUGGUGUUCUGGGAUGAGAUUCAAGAUGCCUUUUGAGACUGAGGACUCAUCCCGAAUUAGCUGGUUUAUGGGAACUAUCUCCUCUGUUCAAGUUGAUGACCCCAUCCGUUGGCCUAAUUCUCCUUGGCGCCUUCUCCAGGUUGCUUGGGAUGAACCAGAUUUGCUUCAGAAUGUUAAGCGAGUGAGUCCAUGGUUGGUGGAACUGGUGUCAACUAUGCCAGCCAUCCAUCUUUCUCCAUUUUCUCCACCAAGAAAGAAGUUGAGGCUUCCGCAACCUCCAGAAUAUCCCUUUGUUGGCCAACUUUCCAUGUCAUCACUUCUUACUAACCCCUUAAGCCCAAGCAGCCCCUUGUGUUGUUUACCAGACAACAUUACAGCAGGCAUACAGGGAGCCAGGCAUACUCAUUUCGGAUUAACUUCCUUAGACCCGCAUUUCGACAAACUGCAAGGAGGAUUCUUCCCUCUCAAACCUAAGCAGCUUGAUCUUGUUGCACCACCGUCUAGAAUCUCCAAUAGUUUCACGGCGCAUUCUGAAUCCAAGGACGACAUGUCUUGUGUGUUAACCAUGGGAAGUUCUGUACAAGAACCAAAGACUGAUGUCCAUAGAAAACCGGCUGCGUUCACUUUGUUUGGUCAGCCAAUUUUAACCGAGCAUCAGAUUUCUCAGUGCUCCUCUGGGGAGACAAUUGGAAACAGUCCAUUAGUUAAGAAACAAGAGAAGACUGCAAAUGUGUCCGGCAGCUCAGGAUCUGCAGUUGUUCAGAAUGAUCAGCAAGAGAACUCUUCUGGUGAAGGUUCUCCAUGGUACAAAGAUCAGAAAAGCGAGUUUGGAUUGGAGACCGGUCAUUGCAAGGUGUUCAUGGAAUCGGAAGAUGUUGGCCGGACGCUAGACCUAACAGUUUUCGGCACUUAUGAGGAGCUCUACAAAAAGCUGGCUGAAAUCUUUGGCCUUAACCGAUCAGAAAUGCCGAGCAAUGUGCUUUACCAGGACCCAGCCGGCGUCGUCAAGCACACAGGAGAUGAACCAUUCAGGUAUAACAUUAUUAUUAUAGCAUCCAUUUGUGAUUUCUCUUAAUUAUACAGGUUUUUCCAUUAUGUUUGAGCCAUUUGGUUUGUUAUAUUAAUACAAUUUUGCCGCUUCCUUUGUUAUUUCAGUGAGUUCCUGAAGAAUGCAAGGAGGAUUACAAUUCUGACUGACUCGGGCAGUGACAACAUUGGACGUUAGAGGGAAAAAAAAGAGGAAGGAAUUGAGAAUCUUUGUUUGCAGAACAGAGAACUGGAAAAUUCAGCCAUUAUUCCGAUUCUUAAUGUUUAUUUUUGUUGUAUCAGUUUGGUUAGAAGUUACUAGUAACAAAAAACUAAGAACUGCAAAUGGAUGUUUUAUGCCACUUCCUUUUCCAAAAACCCCUCAAAGAGGAGAUUCAAAACAGAGAAGGAAGUUGUAUAAAAGAUCCUUAUAUUUAUCUUAGCCAUGGAAUAAAAAAAGCCUCUUCACACCGGACAAUGGACAUGGCACUUGGCUUUUCUCUUUGUAUUAGUUCUUUUUUUUUUUCUUUUCUUUUUAUUAAGCUAUAUAAUUCCAAUGCUUUUUGAACUUUGUAAAUGGGAUUGUUUAUCUAAAAUCUUUGCAAUUGAACAUGCAAUUUGUCCUC